AUGGCGCCGAGGAAGGGGAAGAGCGCGAAGGCCGGCUGCCGCCUGCGGGGCGCGGGGAACACGCGGGGCAAGCGAAGAGCCGCCAAAGGACAGCAGAAGCUCCCAGACUUCUCCUGCCUCAAAAAACUAAUAUACGAACAAAAAAAAAAAGACAACAUAUCAAAUUUAUUCUCCUUUAACGACCCAGCCAUAAAGGAAAAAAUUGAUAAGUUCAAUCAGAUAAUCGAAAGGAGGAAGGACCUUUUGUGUGAAACGAGUGAGAGUAAGAGGGGUGGGCAGGAUGAACUGUCUCCGAACGUAUGUGAGACGUCUACCUUUGGGUACACCUUCAUCGACCGGGUGGUGAAUUUCUCCCACAAGGAGGACAUAGAGGACUUGAUACAGCACGAUGAGGAUGAAGAGGACGACCCCUUCCACUGCGAUUAUCAUCACCAUCACCAGCGGGGUCGCCGGGCAGAUAGGCAGGCGGAGGAGAUCCACAUCAGGGAGGGUGGAAGCGAGCAUGAAGGGGAACACCCGCACGGGGAAGCAAACCGUGGAGGUAGGCAUGACCCCCCCAGAAGUGGGAACCCCCCCAAAGGCUUCCCCUGCGAGAAGAACACCAAACGGAGGCCCGAGCGAUCAAAAGAAGAGUUCCUAUUUAACAACAAGGUAAUCAUCGAUAGCAGAAAAAAGGACUUCAUCCUGGACCAGCUGAAGCUGAAGUUCGACGAAUUUAAGAUCGACACGCUGACCAUCCCGCAGAAGCCGGUGAGCGUGAUCGACGAGAAUGGCGUUGAGAAGAAGAAGCUUUUCAUUUUUAACAUCAACAGCAGCAGCGACAGGAGGAAGAACGAGAGGAAGCGGAUUCAAAUUGUGCACGGCGGGGUGCAAGCGGGCGGAGCGCAAGGGGGGCAGUCCGCUAUGGGACCGCCUACGACGAAACCGCCUGCCGCGGGCCCGCCUCCCCCGGAUGGCGGCGACUCGGACGUGGGCGAGCUGGUGCACAGAAUCACCGAGCAGAAGGAGUCCUACCUCUACUUCGUCGUCAAGAACAACCAGCUCAUGCUGAAGAGAAACAACGACUACUUCAGCAUCAUGAUGCAUUACCUAUGUGAAGGCACCCCCCUGCCCCCUGGGGUGAACCUACAGAUGAUGUAUUACCUCAUCAUGAAGCCAUCUCGCAUGGACACACUGCUCUACCUCCUCCUCACCUACCACAACUUCUCCUUCGUGGAUGUGCUGGAGCAAUUUGAAAAUGUAUCUGUGAGCAACAUCGUGGAGAGCUCCUUCGAGGAAAUGACUCUCUACGACUAUUACUACUACUUCUUUCACAUUUUGGAAGUGUCUCAUGAGCAAUUCUACAUGUCUCUGGAGGUGCUGGAGGGCAUGCAGCUUCUGCUGAACCAGUAUAACUUCUUCCUGGGGCGGAUGCACAAGAACUCGAUUUUCUCCAACGCCAGGUUCGUGCUCGGCAUGGGCGACAUUCGGGGGGUCGACCGGGUCUUCCUCCAGGGGGGAGGGGCGGCAGACGCGAAUGUAGAAAUGAGCGAAGAUGUGAGGGGAGAAGCCAAUGUAGAAAUGAGCGAAGACGUGAGGGGAGGCGCCGCUUCGCGAGACAUCGCUUCCCCCGACGCCGCCUCGCCAACCCUGCGCAGGAAGAACGGGACGCUGCAGUACAUCCUGGACACCAAGCUGGAGUUCAUCCACUACCAGCAAAUGAACUUCCUGCAGGAGACCCACUGGGAUGAAAUCGAAAACUACCAUCACCUGAACCGUCUAGACAAACUCGUUUACUUUACGAAGGACCUUUACUACGAAUUUACUAAGAAGAACAUCCACCACAAGUUGGGGGAGAUCACUUGUGAGCAGAAGCACUUGGACAAGGUGCAGCUGAUCGAGUCCUGCAAGAAGAAGCUCCCUCCCUACAAGAAGGGCGUGCGGUUUAUGAACUUCUUGGGGGUGCACGCGCACUCCUUCGUGUGGCAGGUGUAUUGCUCCGAGCUGGAGUUGUUCUGCGUGCUUAAGUUUAGGCAAAUGCGCCGGGGCGCUCCCUCCAGGGGUGCAACGAACGGUCAGCGCUUAUGGGACACGCAGGGUGGUGAUCGUUCCGGGAAAGCGCAGCGGAGGGGUCCCCAUACGGAGGCGAGCCAGAUGAAUCCCCUUUCAAAGUCGCCCCAGAUCAACCCCCUUUCAAACGUGCUUCAAGUCAACCCCCUCUCAAAGCCGCCCCAAAUCGACCCCCUCUCAAAGCUGCCCCAAAUCAACCCCCACGCGGAGUCGCCCCACCUUGGACGCAUCGAAGCCGAAAUAAACGCCGCGCUGCGCAGCUUCCACGCAGAGGUGAAGGAGAAGCAAGUGGACUGCCUGUACGUCCCCCUCUCAGUGGAGAUCACCGACAGAUUCGUCGAAAAGACGAGGUACAUCAACGGGACUCCCCUGAACGAAUUUAUCUACAGCGAGUUCCUCUCCGGCAUCGACUUGAAGCUGCGAGUCUUCAAGCUCAAAUGCAUCAUACUAAAAAUUAUAAAAGUGGUGGCUAGCUUUCUGCAGUUCCGCACGCUGAUCGUGCUUAAGUGCUCGCGCAUCUUCGUUAAGGAGGACAGCUUGCUGGUGAACGGCGGCAUUCCGCUGGGGCUGCUCUCCGCCGAGUCCGUGCGCUUCCUCCUGCGCGGCGUCGACGAGACGAUCGCCACGCGCACGUACAGCAAAACCGUUUGGCACUACCUCCCGCCGGAGGUCCGCGGAGUGUGCAGAGAAGAAGGCGGAAUGUGCGGCGAGAAAGGCGGUGAAGAAGGCGCCGGGGUCGGCGGUAAAGAAGGCGACCGAAUGUGCGGCCGGGGAGGCGCCCCCACAGAGGGCCCCCCCACGCAGAACCGCUUCCUCCUGGAAGACAGAACGCAGCUGGAGAAGGCCUACUCGUACAUGAUCGGCAAGGUCUUCGAAGAGGCCCUCAUAGACACUUUCACAGGAGACAAAUUCGACUACCUCCACUUUGAUGAAGAUGUAAAGGACCUUCUUCAGUCGUGCCUUUCGAAGGAUAUAAACGAGAGGCAGCCACUUACCCAGCUGCCAAACCACAGCUGCUUUUCCGAUUGCUUUGACCUUUACAUUAACAUUUACGAUGACCAUAUAAACGCCUACCACAACGAUAGGGAGAAAGCCAUUCGUCUGAAGGAUUUGAAGUACAUCAGCAGCUUCGAUUAUAAGAUGUUUGCCAUUCCUUCCGAGUCGGGGACUGCGUCGGGGACUGCUUCGGGGACUGCUUCGGGGACUGCUUCGGGGUCUGGGUCUCCAUCUGGGUGUGAGUCCUCCUCCUGCUCCUCCUCCCGCUCGCGCCACUUCCGCAAGUCCAGCGGGUACUCCUCCAGCUCGCGCCUCUAG